UUUUUUACAAAAAUUGAGGAGAUAUUUGUUUAUCUAAAAAGAAAACCCGAAGAAGGUGAAGUGUUCUUUAACCUAAAAACGGGUACAAAAAGUAUAAAUUGUAGUCCAUAUUUCUUGUUCAAAUUCGAUUGAGCUACUGAUUAUCUGAUCACUACCAAACAAACGAUACUUGAAUCCGAAACCCCAGCUGCACUGUAACGACGUCAAUGAAGUGCCCCUACUGCUCGGCGGCACAGGGGCGGUGCGUCACCUCCAGCACCGGCAAGUCCAUCACAGAAUGCAUUUCCUGCGGCCGCGUUGUCGAAGAGCGACAAUUCCAGCCCCAUCACCUCUUCCACCUUCGCGCUCAAGAUAAUCCCCUUUGUCUCGUCACCUCCGACCUCCCCACCCCUCCCGUCCACCACCAGAACGAUCAGGUUUUGGAUCCUUUCGAGCCCACCGGCUUCAUUACAGCCUUCUCCACUUGGUCCUUGGAGCACAAUCCACUCUUCUUCCGCUCCUGCUUCUCCUUCUCCGGCCACCUUGCGGAGCUCGAGCGUACCCUAGAGUCUACCUCGUCAUCCAAUUUGCCGUCCUCGUCUACGGUCGUGGUCGAUAACCUUAGGGCUUAUAUGCAGAUUAUCGAUGUAGCUUCUCUUUUGGGGUUGGAUUACUAUAUUUCCGAGCACGCGUUUAAGUUGUUUAGAGAUUGUUGUUCGGCUACUUGUUUAAGGAACCGAAGCGUUGAGGCGCUUGCCACUGCUGCCCUUGUCCAGGCUAUUAGAGAGGCCCAGGAGCCCCGAACCCUUCAGGAAAUCUCCAUUGCAGCGAAUGUACCGCAAAAAGAGAUAGGGAAGUACAUCAAGAUUUUGGGAGAAGCUUUGCAAUUAAGUCAACCCAUCAACAGCAAUUCCAUAUCAGUUCAUAUGCCAAGGUUCUGCACGCUUCUCCAACUCAAUAAAUCUGCACAGGAACUGGCAACUCACAUAGGGGAAGUUGUCAUCAACAAAUGCUUCUGCACUCGCAGGAAUCCCAUUAGCAUCUCAGCUGCUGCAAUAUACUUAGCUUGCCAAUUAGAAGACAAGCGUAAGACGCAAGCAGAAAUUUGUAAGGUUACAGGUCUCACUGAAGUCACCCUCCGGAAAGUUUACAAGGAGCUACUAGAAAAUUGGGAUGAUUUGCUUCCGUCUAAUUAUACUCCUGCUGUUCCUCCAGAAAGGGCAUUUCCCACAACUGUAAUUGCUUCAGGCCGUUCUGCAGCUCCUAAAAUUGAUGCAUUUGAAGGGGCUUCUUUAGAGAAAGACAAGCCAAUAGAGACUAAACCUAAUAUAUCCACCGAGAUCUCAGAAAUGAGUCAUCCAUCCAGAGUCAAGGAAGAUAGUGAGAGUAAAUUUGUAUCCCAUGGGAUGUACAACCCUGUAACUAACAAAUCGUCAACUUUCUCUCAACCACACCCUCCUAAAGGGAAUUCUGUUGCAGGUUUUGUUGGGAAGAAGAGUCAAACUGCUGAUACCCAGGGAAUGGAUAUUGUUAAGGAUCACUCCAACAGCCAACAGUAAGACCAGAAGGUGGAUGAACCUUGAUGUAUACAGUCCAUGACGUAGCUAUCGGUUUUCUGUAUUGUGUACAACCUGCAGAGUCCUAACCAGCCGCUUAUCAGUUCAAGGGAACGAAAUGAUGUCGAAAUGGAAGAAAAUUGAUGCUACAUAUAGGUUCAUAGUAGUGUUCUGAUAGAAGCAACAUUUUCUUACUUUUAUUUAGGAGAACAACCCUCUGUUUUUUUUAGUACAACAAGGGCAAGAGUUGGAGAUUCAACUUCCAAACCUCUACUCUAAUGGAAAGAACCAACCUCUUUUUGAAGCUAAUAGACUCGAAGCUCCCAUGUAUGGCCUCAGAAAUUCAGUUAUCAAAGAGAAUGCUCCUUUACCACGAGGAUUAAGGUACGUAUGUAUGAUUAACAGUAACACGAAACGAAGUUUUGGUUUAAAACCCUUAUCCAUUACACACGAUUGUUCUCCUAUUUUACAUGUCUGAACUGCCAACCAUCUAGAUUUGCCUGUAUGUUCGCAUCCGAGUUACAACAGAGUAACAAUCUGUAGACUCCAAAUUUCAGAUUAUGAUUAUUUAUUCUUAAUUCCCGAUAUUAAGGAAAACCGUUGGUUCAGAUUUUAAUCCAAUAUUUGUGAUAUUCCUUGGAUGGAUAAGGUGGAAAGUCUUUACUGAACCACUACUUCUCACUUUCUCUCUCUCACACACACACGCGCGAGAGAGAGACUAGGGAAGUUGGGGAAGAUGCUACUAUCAUCAUCUUCUUUACUGCAAUCAUUGCCGGUUAAUCGUCCGAAUUUAGCAUGUAAACCGGCGAAUCCACGGACGGGUGUGAAGGUUCAGGCCAUGGCAAAGGAAGGAAGCGAGAGCGAAGGGGGCAUUGCAGAGACGGUGGCUAUAGCCGGUGGGUUAGUGGCGACCCCAGUGAUCGGUUGGUCGCUGUAUACCCUGAAGACAACUGGGUGCGGGCUACCGCCGGGGCCAGGUGGGUCACUCGGCGCACUGGAAGGCGUUAGCUACUUGGCGGUGGUGGGAAUCGUGGGUUGGUCUCUGUACACGAAGACGAAAACUGGAUCGGGUCUGCCCAACGGCCCUUUCGGGCUAUUGGGCGCCGUGGAAGGUCUGUCCUACUUGAGCUUGUUGGCCAUCUUGGUCGUUUUUGGGUUGCAGUACUUGGACCAAGGCUACAUCCCCGGACCUCUUCCGGCCGAUCAGUGCUUUGGUUGACGAUUCUUCUAUCCUGUGAUUUAUGUGGAUGUUGUUUCUCCGAACGUGUUGUAAAUCGUAGGGUCUCUGUUUGGUUUUAUUUUCUUUAUUUUCUGUUUACCGUAUCGUUGCAAUUCUGCGUAGAACCUGCCCUGUUCUGUUGGAUGAAAUGGUUUAGUCGAAAUCAUUUGCUUU